AGCCGUGCGGGAAGGGGCCCGGGGCCCAGGGCCCGGGGCGAGCCUGCCCGAGAGGUCCUAGUCGCUCCCGCCCUUGUCGGCUUAGUUGGUAUCUGGGGAGAGUGCUGGGCCAGGCCUGGACCCUUCCCUGGGGCGACCCCCCAGGCCACCAUGGGUGCCAGGACUCCGUCUGGGUCCCCUCCUGAGUGCGGGGAGAGCCGACGUCCCCGUUCCUUUGCGCUCAACACCCUGGACUAGGGUCGGUGGAUGGGACAGUGGCGCAGGCAGCCGCUAAUUCCCGGGAGUCCUGUGGUGCGCACCCCGAAAACUGCAACACUUAGACUCGUGCCCGUGAGCCGAAUCCCACCCCGCAUCCACCUCCCCGCCCCCAGUAACUCGGCGUCCUUGCUGUGGGGACCCUCCUGUCCCCCUCCCUCGGAUCUUCUCUCCGGCCUCUUGGAAACCCCACCUCCUGCCCCGACGGGAGGGUCCACACCCGGAAGUCCCCGGUUGGGAGCCCACUGGAACCCUGAGGGCCCAGGACACUUUGGCUUGUGUCAGAGGUCAGAGGUCGACUCCUGCUGAGUCACUGAGAGGUGGCCUGGCAGGCACACGUGUUUGGGUUCCCCACUGCAGGGGCGAAUGGCCACUGCCGGGUCCACAGUUCAAGGGUGUGCAGACCCGUGAAAGGAAACCUGGGAAGGAACAGCUCACCCAGGUUGUCACGGUGUGAGGCUGAGCGGGGCCACCUCGUGCUACCACUCCCUGACCCAGCCUGUGUGAUGAGCAGGCUCCUCAGCCUUCAUGGGACCCCCCCCCCGCCCCCCAGCCCCCCCGGGCAUGCAGCAGGUUAGAGGGGACGGUACCCCUCUAGUGUGUCGCUCCAGACACAGGAAGUGCCCUGCGCCCUGUGUGGUCGACACUGACGCUACAUAGCCAGACACCGCAGUGCCCAUUCCCUCAUAUAGUGUGAGACCCUGGCACGGCCAGACAGGCCCACCCCCCCCGUGCCCCCAUGUGGCAUUCCGCAGCCUGGCACUAGUACAAGGCCAGAAUGGCCACCCCGUAUGUAACUAGGUGCAGUCAGAGGACACUGCCCCCAUAACGGAAUGUCAGGACACCUCAGUGUGGAACUGGGUAGCGUCUGAGUGGCACACGGGGAUCCUACAUCUCGCACCCCCCAGGUCACAUUCAGUUAGCCUGUCAUCCUCCAGGAAAGGCAGACAGAAAAGUUUCCCCCAUGUCAUCAAAUACGACGGAGCCCCGAUCCAGGCUAGUCAUUGCUGAGGCUGCAUCCGGGAACCCGCGAGCCCCGCCCCAUCCCGCUCCCGAGCAGCGGGGAGGGUGAGCAGUGUCUGCUGUUCUUCCGGGUAGGAGGCGGACAGGUAUCCAGGUAGUUCAGGGCGCAUGUAGAUGGGCCUUGCUAUGAGGCCAUCGGCCGCUUCCCAAGUAGGCCCGUGGGAGGCGUGGGAGGCUGGGGCAGCGGUGAGGGUGGAGAGGCACGUUCAGAGCCUAGGACAGCCCCACGGCCACAACAAAGGGCUCUGACUUCUACCGGAGCAAGGCAGUGUGACAAGGAGACUUGGAAAGAGCACAGCUGCCACACUGGGCUGGGCUUGGCUGCGACAGGACUCCGAGCACAUGCUUUACGAGGGCAUAAGCCCAGAAGUCUGGCUUCAGGGAGAGGGAAAGGGGCGGGGGGACCCUGUAGGGUGGGUGCAGCUGUGGCAAGGGGCUGAAGAUGGGGCGGAACUCUGUCUCUGGCGGGACAAAUGUACUGAGCUCACCUUGGGCCAGGCGUGGUAGGGAGUCAUCCGCUACAGCUGCACAUCACAAUGGAGGUAAGGUGCCAGAGCAGAUGGAGUGGCCCGGGGUCCUGCAGUGGGGACAAACACAGGCAGUGGGCUAUUCAACUUGUACCCACAGAACCAGAGACUCACAAAAAUAUGGUCAUAAAAUCAGAAGAAAAAAAGUGAAUAUAAAAUCUCCAGCGUAGAUGGUAUUUUCUUUUAUACCGACAGUCAUUGUUAAGGUUUUAUGGUGGAAAAGGCUCAUAGAGCAGAACUGCCUGGAGCCAGAGCAGCAGGAGUCAGGGACCUCUGUCGAUGUCCCCCAGCUAGGGACACCUAGGGUCUGGGGGUGCCCUAAAGGCCUCUGAGCAUGGGCUGGGGGGAUCCAGUACCCUGCCCCCAUAAUGAGUUCCUCCCUGUCCCCCAGGCCCCUGGCCCCAACAUGGCCCGUCGCUCCCAGAGCUCCUCGCAGGGGGAUAACCCACUGGCACCCGGGUACCUGCCACCUCACUACAAAGAGUACUACCGCCUGGCAGUGGAUGCACUGGCUGAAGGCGGGCCAGAGGCCUACAGCAGCUUCCUGGCGUCCGAGGGGGCACCCGCCUUCCUGUGCCCUGAGGAGCUGGAGCACGUGAGCUGCCACCUGCGGCCACCGCAGCAUGUGGCUCAGGAGCCCCCAGAAGGCAGCCCUCCCAACGUGGACAUGGAUGGCUCCUCGGGCACCUACUGGCCCAUGAACUCAGACCAGGCGGUGCCUGAGCUCGACCUGGGCUGGCCCCUGACCUUCGGCUUCCCGGGCACUGAGGUCACCACACUGGUGCAGCCGCCACCGCCUGACAGUCCCAGCAUCAAGGAUGAGGCUCGAAGGAUGAUCCGUUCUGCCCAGCAGGUGGUGGCCGUGGUGAUGGACAUGUUCACGGAUGUGGACCUGCUCAGCGAAGUGCUGGAGGCCGCAGCGCGCCGCGUCCCAGUCUACAUCCUCCUGGAUGAGAUGAAUGCGCAGCACUUUCUAGACAUGGCGGACAAGUGCCGCGUCAACCUGCACCACGUGGAUUUCUUGCGUGUGCGCACUGUGGCCGGCCCCACGUACUACUGCCGCACUGGGAAGUCUUUCAAGGGCCAUGUGAAGGAGAAGUUCCUCCUGGUGGACUGCGCGGUGGUGAUGAGCGGGAGCUACAGCUUCAUGUGGUCCUUUGAGAAGAUCCACCGGAGCCUCGCGCACGUGUUCCAGGGGGAGCUGGUCUCCAGCUUCGACGAGGAGUUCCGCAUUCUCUUUGCACAGUCUGAGCCGCUGGUGCCUUCGGCCGGGGCGCUGGCCCGCAUGGACGCGUAUGCCCUGGCUCCAUACUCCGGGGCUGGGCCCCUCGUGAGCGGCCAGAUGACCGGGGUGCCAACUCCUUUCUCCUUCCCCAAACGAGCGCACUUCUUGUUUCAGCCGCCUCGGGAAGAGGGCCUGGGGUUCCCCUCUUUCCUCGACCCCGACCGCCACUUCCUGUCGGCCUUCCGCCGAGAGGAACCACGAAUGCCAGGAGGACCCCUGGAGCCACACGCAGGGCUGCGGCCACUGUCGCGACGGCUGGACGCCGAGGCUGGACCAGGUGGGGAGCUUGCGGGCCCGCGGGGCUUCUUUCAGGCGCGGCACCUAGAGAUGGACGCCUUCAAGCGGCACAGCUACGCGGCAGUUGAUGGCCCCGGCGCCGUGGAGAACUUCACGGCUGCGCGGCAGGUGUCACGGCAGACGUUCCUCAGCCACGGAGACGACUUCCGCUUCCAGACCAGCCACUUCCACCGUGACCAGCUCUACCAGCAGCAUUACCAGUGGGACCCACAGCUCGCGCCCACGCGCCCGCAGGGCCUGUUUGAGAAGCUGCGCGCUGGGCGCCCAGGCUUCGCUGACCCCGACGACUUCGCCUUGGGCACCGGGCCACGCUUCCCUGAGCUUGGCCCGGACGGACACCAGCGGCUGGACUACGUGCCGUCCAGCGCAUCACGCGAAGUGCGCCACGGCUCGGACCCAGCCUUGGGGCCUGGGCCCCAUGGCCUGGAACCUGGAGGAGCCCCACGCCCCAACCUGGGCCAGCGCUUCUCGUGUCAGGCAGCAGCAAGGCUGGGCCCUGAAACCGGCCCCGAGGCGGAACCCGAGCGCAGGCCUGGGCCCGAGGGGCGGGCAGGGCUGCGCCAUUGGCGCCUCGCCUCCUACCUGAGCGGUUGCCAUGGCGAGGAGGCCAGUGAAGAGGGCCUGCCGGCACCCAUGGAGACCGAGACCUACGAAGACGACGUGCUGGUUCCUGGGGGCCGUGCGGCCGCAGCGGACUUGCUUCCCUCCACCUUUCGUGCAUCUGCACCCUUCCUGGCCAAGGGCCCGGCGCCGGGCUCCGGCAGCGGUGGCGGCGAUGGCCCCGAGCGCGAGGCCCUGGAGGAGACAGGCCUGGCCAAACAGGACUCUUUCCGCUCACGCCUGAACCCGCUGAUCCAGCGCAGCUCGCGGCUGCGCUCAUCACUCAUCUUCGCGUCGCAGGCUGAGGGUGCGGGCGGCGCCACUGCCGCCGCCACCGAGAAGGUGCAGCUGCUGCACAAGGAGCAGGCGGUCAGCGAGAUGCUGGGCCCUGGCGGCGAGGCCGUGCGCUCUGCCGCCUCCACCAAGGUGGCUGAGCUCCUGGAGAAGUACAAGGGCCCAGCUCGUGAUCCUGGCGCUACAGGGGCCGCAGUCGUGGGGGCCAACCACAGCAAGGCUGUGGUGUCCCAGACGUGGCGGGAGGAGGUGGCAGCGCCAGGCGGUGUGGGGAGCGAGCGCCGCAGUCUCGAGAGCUGCCUGCUCGACCUGCGCGACUCCUUGGCACAGCAGCUGCACCAGGAGGCCGAGAGGCAGCCGGGAGCCGCCACGCUCACUGCCACCCAGCUGCUCGACACACUGGGCCGGAGCGGGGCUGACAGGCUGCCCUCUCGCUUUCUCUCCGCGCAGGGCCGCUCCACCUCCCCACAAGGGCGGAGCAGCCCCCCUGUGGAGGCGCCCCACUCAGAGCCAAAAGGGAGCCCCACCUCAGCCUACCCCGAGCAUAAGGAGAGCCCCACGCCUGGGUUUCCUGCUCGCCGAGGCAGCCCAACUGCAGGAUUUACUGAGCGGAAGGGGAGCCCCACCUCGGCCUAUCCCGAGCGCAGGGGCAGCCCGGUGCCCCCCAUGCCGGAGCGCAGGGGCAGCCCGGUGCCCCCCGUGCCCGAGCGCAGGAGCAGCCUUACCCUUACCUUCUCUGGAGAGUCUCCGAAGGCUGGGCCGGUGGAGGAGGCGACUGGCGGCGCCAUGGAGGUCCUGCGCAAGGGGUCCCUGCGCCUCCGGCAGCUGUUAAGUCCCAAGGGUGAGCGGCGUGCAGAGGAUGAGGGCGGCUUCCCAGCGCCGCAGGAGAACGGGCAGCCUGAAAGCCCCCUGCGGCGACCAUCGCUGAACCGGGGUGACAGCACAGAAGCUGCCACUGGAGAUGAGCGGGGCCCACGGGCGCGCAUGACCUCGGCCACGGCCAACGCCUUGUACAGCAGCAACCUGCGAGAUGACACGAAAGCCAUUCUGGAGCAGAUCAGCGCUCACGGCCAGAAGCACCGCGCCGCCCCCGUCCCGGGCCCCAGUAGCCCUGAGCUAGGCCGCUCAUCAUCUGCUGGAGGCCUGGCCCCCGAUAUGUCCGACAAGGACAAAUGUUCGGCCAUCUUCCGCUCGGACAGUCUGGGGACACAGGGCCGGCUGAGCCGUACGCUGCCGGCCAGCGGAGAGGAGCGCGACCGGCUGCUGCGCCGCAUGGAGAGCAUGCGCAAGGAGAAGCGGGUGUACAGCCGCUUCGAGGUCUUCUGCAAAAGAGAGGAGGCUGGCGGCCCCGGAGCGGGGGAGGGCCCGGCAGAGGAGGACACCAGGGACAGCAAGGUGGGCAAGUUUAUGCCCAAGAUCCUGGGCACGUUCAAAAGCAAGAAGUGAGCCUCCCGCCCUCGGGACCAGGCCGGGGUGCCCGCGUCACCGCCACCCACCAGGUGGAGCACUUGGCCCACACGCCACAGCAGUUUGGAACUGGCUAGGCGUGGCCAGAGCUCAGCUCCCCUUGGGCUCACCCCUUUGUUGCUGCAGCCCCUCACUGCCUCAUGCCUUAGUCCCCCAACUCGCAUCUCAGCACCUCAGUCUCUGGGCCUCCUCCCCACUGUGCCUUCAUACACAUCUGCUUCUACCGUCUCUCUGGGCUUCAGGUCCCUUCUGGCCUUCAUUCACCUCAGGGACCCAUCUCUUUGUGCCUCAGUCCCCUGCUCUCUUGGGGCCUCAUGUCUCAGGGUUUCUGUGCCUCAGGGUCCCCUCUGCUCAGGGCCUCUGGGGCUGCACGGUCUCUGCUGUCCCCCCGCAGCCCCUCUCCGGGCCUCCCACCUCUUCAGGGCCGGCUCGCUCCAGCUCCAUCUCAGGUGGCUCCCUUCCUGUCCAUCUCCCGACACCUUUCUUGGUGGCCCAUUCACUGUGGGGAGGGGCAGAGGACCACAGAGGGGCCGCCCUGCCCCCGAGAACUGAUGCAGAUCCGGCUGCUCCCUGGGGGGGAGUGGGAGCACCAGUCUUCUGUGAUGGAUGGCGGGCGACCCCAGCCUGGCCAAGGGGCCCCACAGGCCCUGCAGCCGUGGUUGUGGAGUGCUUGUACUUGAACAGGUGAGGGCAGAGGACGCAGGGCAGUGGCGCCUGAGCCCCACCGCCCUGGCCCCAUGAGCUGGGUGUGGUCCUCGCUCUGCAGGGCCCAGCUGCACCGUCUUGCAUCGUUUCCUCUUUGUCCCCAACCCGCGAGCUCUGUCCAGGCUUCCCUGCUCACCUUUCCUGUGUCUUUCUCACCUCUAGAGAGUAACUUUGAUUCGGAAUGACACCCUUUGGCACCAAAUGCUUCAAAGCACCCCCUCCCCCUGCCCUGUAGGUGCUAACAUUGUGAAAUUGGCAUUUCUGCUAUUUCUUUUCAGAUAGGUUUUUGUUUUUGUUUUUUUAGUCGAAGAAAUCGCGACUACUCAGAAUGGGAAAGGAAUUCAGAAACAAAGCCACUGAGCCAAGGCAGCAGCUCUGACUCAGGAGGCACAGUCUGGUUACCAGAGCCCCACCCAAGUAGGGGUGACAGCAGGGACUUUGAUUCAGGUAGAAAAAAGGUCGUGGGGAGCCAGGUCAGCUGGGGUGUUUCCUGGCCUUGAUGUGCUCGCUGACAAGUGUGUUUCUGCCUAGCCUGGUGCUGCUCAAAGCAGGCCAGUCCAGGCCUAGGGCUCAGGGGGAGUCUUCUCAGGGAGUGGAGCAUCUGGUCACCAGAAGCCAGCAGCUGGGGGCCUGAGUGUGGCCCUUGGAGCCUCCUGUCUGCAUCCCCCAUGUGCCGAGCAAGAUAGCUCCUCAUGCGACUCUGCACACUUUGGUGUGAACAAUAAAACACGAGCACAAAAUAUUUCAACACGUUCCCAAAUAUAGAUAAUCACCCAGCUA